GUCGGGAGAAAGUCACCGUGUCUCGAUAGAGAUCGUCUCUGUCUUCAAGGAUGGCAAACUCAUAACCUUUUGAUGUUUAGUUAGGUUUUGCUAUGUGGGUGUCAAGUAAACCCUUACUUCUUUCUUAGUUGAGGUUCGUCGUCUUCAUUCUCGAUGGCAGCUACUGAACAACUUGGUAAAGCUUUGCGGGUAGUUCCGUUCUCGGAUGAUUUCUUCGCUUAUACGAGAUGGAUGAAGAGAACGUCCGGUCUUUAUGCAUCAAAACGCAUAUACCUGUUGUUGAUUCUGAUAUAACUCGAUGAAGAAUGUCGUACGAUAUGAUCUCUUUAUGUCGGUGAUGUGGAUGUCCUGAAAGUUUCAGUUUCUACGUGCGAAAGUGCUAGUUUCUCUGAUGCGCAUGCUGAGAAAUCUAAGCAUGUUUCUGCUGAGUUCUCCAUUUUCCCGUGGAAGGAUGAGGGAUGCAAGUUUAUUCCUUCAGAAGCGCGAUUUAGUGAAGGUGAGAUUGAAAUGGGUGAAAAACAGAGGCCUCGAUCACAUCAUUGACAACGAAACGGAUCUGAAAGCAGUUUGCUUGAUAAAGGAUGCCAUCAAGAGGAGCUCUGCUGGGUGCCUGAGCGCCUCCUCACUCUCCGAGAGGCAGAAGCACUUGGGCUUGACCGUGCCCGUGUUGCGGUUUGUGCGAAGGUAUCCCACACUCUUCGAAGAAUUUCGUGGCGAUAGAUUUAAGAACGUCCCCAUGUUCCGGUUGACGGAUACUGCCCGUGUACUUGACGAGCGAGAGCAGCGUAUAUACCAGAGCCAUGAGGAAGAUUUGGUGGAGAGGUUGUGCCGGUUGUUGAUGAUGACCAAGAGCAGGACACUUCCGUUUCAAUCCAUUGAUCCACUGAAAUGGGAUCUGGGUUUGCCAGAUGAUUAUGUGAAGAGAAUUGUCCCCAAGUAUUCGGAUCAUUUUCGAAUGGUCAAGCAACAAAAUGGUCUGUUGGCUUUGAGCCUGGAAAAUUGGCAUGAGGAAUAUGCGGUAUCGGAGCUGCAGAAGAGGAGUGAGAAUACGGAUGAGUAUGGAACUUAUCGAAAUCUUAAAAAGGGACUGUCGUUAUCGUUUCCAUUGAGUUUUCCUCGAGGUUAUGGAUCACAAAAGAAAGUGAUAGCAUGGAUGGACGAAUUUCAGAAGCUUCCUUACAUAUCUCCUUAUGAAGAUCCAUCACAAAUCGAUCCUAAUAGCAACCUCAUGGAGAAGAGGGUGGUUGGUGUCUUCCAUGAACUGUUGAGCAUAACAAUACACAAGAAGACUAAGAGAAAUUACCUAAGGUGCUUGAGAGAGGAGAUGACUUUGCCAGAGAAAUUCACAAGGAUUUUUACUCGAUACCCAGGUAUCUUCUAUCUGUCUCUGAAAUGUAAAACGACAACAGUGGCCCUCAAGGAAGGUUACCAGCGAGGAAAGUUGGUUUGUCUCCAUCCGCUUGCUGGAAUUAGAGAAAAGUACUCUUAUGUCAUGAGGACAGGAGUUAUGUAUAGGGGAAGGGGGUUGAAGGGCGAUGGCUCGAAUCAGCUUGUAUUUCCUAACAAAGAUAGCUUAGUUCCUGAGGAGGGCGAUGAAGUGAGACAUGAAUCAGAGGACAACAUUGAAGAUGGUGGUAUAGAUGAUUCUGAAGAUGAUGACUGAUAAGUUGCAGAUGGCAAAAACAAAAAAAAUAGAGAUGAAGCCUGGGUUUUAUAUGGAGCAUGAUGAGAACGUGGUGGCUCAAUAGUUGGUGCACUAUGUGGUUCUACUCAAAAGGAACCUCUUGUUGUAGGAAAGCCUUCAACUUUUAUGAUGGGCUA